UGCCGCACACGGUGUAAUUUUAACAUGCUCUUUUAAUAUUUACAGUGUGCCUGUAAAAACAUUUCAUGAUGACAGCUGGUGAUUCCUGUGGCAAUUAAGGAAGAUAGCACAACGGUGAUCAGAUCGCUUCAGAAGAGUCUCAGAAUGCUGUUUCUUACAAAUCCAGGCCUGGGACUCAUUCCUGGGUGCAAGAUUUUCUAAACCUAAGAUUCUCAUGAAGAACUUUUAUUAAGGAGAGAUCUAUGUGUUGGGAAAUAAUAAAUAAAGAAUGACUCAAAGUAAAACCUCUAAAUGCAAGUACCAGAAAGAUUGCAACACAUCUCAGUGAACUUUCAAGUGGACUGUCUUUUCUUGGCAGGCGGUUUAGCACUGCAGAAUGGGUCUCCGGAUUCACUUUGUUGUUGACCCGCAUGGCUGGUGCUGCAUGGGUUUGAUUGUCUUUGUCUGGUUAUACAAUAUCGUUAUAAUCCCCAAAAUUGUCCUCUUUCCUCAUUAUGAAGAAGGACAUAUUCCAGGCAUAUUAAUAAUAAUAUUCUAUGGAAUUUCUAUAUUUUGCCUGGUUGCCUUAGUGAGGGCCUCAAUAACUGACCCAGGAAGACUCCCCGAGAACCCUAAGAUCCCACACGGAGAAAGGGAGUUCUGGGAAUUAUGUAACAAGUGUAAUUUGAUGAGACCAAAGCGUUCCCAUCACUGCAGCCGUUGUGGCCACUGUGUUAGGAGAAUGGAUCAUCACUGUCCAUGGAUUAACAAUUGUGUUGGUGAAGAUAAUCAUUGGCUUUUUCUGCAGUUGUGUUUCUACACUGAACUUCUUACUUGUUAUGCACUGAUGUUUUCUUUCUGCCAUUAUUACUACUUUCUUCCACUGAAAAAGCGUAACUUGGACCUCUUUGUUGUUAGGCAUGAGUUGGCUAUAAUGCGACUAGCUGCAUUUAUGGGCAUUACUAUGUUGAUUGGAAUCACUGGACUUUUUUAUACACAACUUAUUGGCAUCAUCACAGAUACAACAUCUAUUGAAAAGAUGUCAAACUGUUGUGAAGAAAUAUCGAGGCCCCGAAAGCCAUGGCAGCAGACCUUCUCAGAAGUUUUUGGCACUCGUUGGAAGAUCCUGUGGUUUAUUCCUUUCAGGCAGAGGCAACCACUGCGAGUUCCCUACCACUUUGCCAAUCAUGUCUAAACAGAUGGAUGGUGGGCACAGAUGGGUCCUCCAUGCUGGAAAUGCGUUACAGGUUUUCUGAUAAUAGAACUAUGACAGUCUUCAAGUCAAUUAAAAUCCACCCACCAAUCUUAGACAUCAUAAUGUGCCCCAGGCUUUAUUUUAAUAGUGAUCUUGAUCCUGUUGUGGGACUAAUACAAGAUCUAUAUUUAAGUUUUAAAGCAUGUUUACUUUCAAAUUAGGUUGCCACGGGGAUUUUUUUUUAAAUGCUUUUGUUAUUAAAUUCAAAAGGCAGUGAUUGGGAUCAAAUAAUUGUACAUAAUUUCUUUUAGUACUGACAAUAUUACAGAUUUCAAUUUGUGGGAAAUUUCAGAUGUUCAUUUAAUUUUUUCACUCUUCAGUAGUGCUAACCAAAUCUGAAUUAAUUUGUAAGUUUUUACAGAAGUUGACAUACCUUAAACAUAGGUUUUUCUUUUCUAAGUUGCAACUUGAAAGUGUGUAACACUUGCUUUCAUAUAUGCUGCAGGAUUUUUUUAAUGCAGCAUAGAACCGAAGAACAAAAAUAAUAACAAAAAGGACAGUGUUUUAUUAAAAAUAGUUUUCUACUAGUUCUUCAUUCCUCUUCAAUGAAAACAAAAUUAAAAUACCAACUACCUACCUUAUUUUAAAGGAACAGUUAAUUUUCCCAUUAGCUCUUUUUCUCCUACGGCUAUAACAUUGAUACAAUUGAUCAUUGUUAAAUUAUAGACUUCAAGGAGAAAUUUGUGACCAGUGGGCAUGUAUACCUAUUUUACCCUAAGAUUUUGAUGAAUAAGAAGGGCAGAGAAUUUGCAAUAAUACAUAGAUAUCUUUUCUAGCGCAGUAAUAUUAGAACGCAUAUGUUUUAAAAGUGCUAGUAUAACUAGAUAGCAUAUAAUGUACAGUAUAAAGAGGAGUAUUGUGCUUUUGAAAAAUAUAUAUACUUUCACUUUUAUUUACCUAUUAGUAGGUCAAAAAUUACACAAUGAAGGUUUAUAUAUAGCAGAUAUUGGCCAAUUAUAUUUAAAUUUUAUUUAUAAGGAUUACUAGUAAAAGUAAGUAACUUUUGUAUUCUUGUAAUCAUCGAAAUUGAAAUUAAAUUGAAGUUGGCCAACUAUAAUUUAGUUUGAGCGAUUUCUUUGCUAUGAGCUAAUGUUAGGAAAUGACCUUGAAAUAGAAAAUAUGCUGAUAUAUUUAUCACUUGCCUUAUACAGAUUAAAUUGCUAAUAGUGACGGUCUCUUGGAAAGCAUAGACCAUUUGUGUGAAAAGACAUGUAGCAUGCUUUGAAAAUAAUUCAGCUUUUAAGUAUUUUUCCAUUAGAAUACUAAAAUGUAUUGGUCUUUGAAAAAAAUUAUGUACUAGUUUCCCUUGAGAAGAAGGUUGAAGAGGUCUGCUCUCUUGAGCAUAUUAGUAUUAUCCUUUUAGCUUAUUUCGACUCAUAUCUGUGAAAUCAUGAAAUGGAUGGUUACCAUUGUCAACCAGUUAAUAAUACUGUGAUUAGUGCUUUCAGAAGUUGUAAAUAUCUUUUAAUAUAAUUGAUCUCUUAGAGACAUAAGUACUAUGUUUUCAUGUUUGGUCAGAACACUUUAUUAUUUAAAAACUUAGGUUCAGGGCUGUAGUUCAGUGAGAGAGCGCAUGCUUUGCAUAUAUGAAGUCCAGGGUUCUAAUCCCUGGCUCCCCGGGUCCUCCCUCCCCCAAAUAGAACCUAUUUAGAUGUAGCAGAUGAAGAUAUUUAUUGGUGCUGUUAAGAUGCAUAGUAAGUCUAAUACAAGAAAUCUGUUUAUAAAGCUUAAGGAACCAGAAAAUUAGUAUGUUUGUGUCAGGUAAUGGGUUGGGUUUAGUGCGAGCUAAUGUGGGCUAAAAGGGGCCUGGUGACAGAAACGCUAUAGGGAAGUAACAUGUAGAUCCUGUAGACAGAUCAGUUAAAUGCCUUAUGAUGUUUGCAUUCCUUUCAGAUGAAGAGCUUGGCACAAUAUCAGAGCCAAGUGCAAAAGACCCCUUAAGGAACAUGAUGGGCAAGUGUAUACUUUAUGUCAUAGCCAUCAAUACCUUGAAAAGUAGUAGGAAAGUACUCAGUAUUAACCUCUGCUUCAGCAACGAAAGGCAGACGUGGUCCCUUUCCCUCUCGGAGGAAUUUGGUUUUUUUGUUCCUUGAAUUUGCUGCUUUCAGGGCACAUUUCCUUUGCCCCUUUUUCUUUACCCAACCACAGCCUGAUCCCUCUGUACCUGAUUCCUCUAAAUUACUUGGGUACAAACAUAGCGCUAGAUAUGCAUUUAGUUUGUUUGAAUGACAGAACUGCUACCUAUCCACAUACUCAUAUAAGAAUCUAUAGUCACUUAUGUUGUGACUUUCAGUGUUCCCCACCGAGCUUAUCUGGGUUUUGUAUUUCUUGUUAGACAACUUGAGAGAAAUCAACUGGUAGUUUCUUAGGGAUGCAUAAACUAGUAUUCCCUCUACGCCCUCUUUUGGCUAAUUGAUGCAAUUAUAGUGAUUUUAGAGAUUCAUUUCCCAGAAUUUAGUUAUACGAGAUUGUAUAAAUAUUCUAUAACUAUUGUAUAACUAAAUUUUGAGUUGUGUCAGAGGUAAAAGAGAACAUGAGAAAAAGUGUAAAAUUUUUGAAAAUCGAUGCUUCUUUUUUUAUGUGUCAUUGUCAAAUUCAUGCAAAUAUAAUCACUAUAGUUUGUAGAUAUUCUUACUAUUUUUAGUAUCAAGUAUAAAUUUAUAUCAUGGGAGGAUAGCAAAUGUAAUCCAUAUCUUGAAUUUUAUUUCAAAACUUAUUUUGAAAGAUUAAGUCCUAUAAAUUAGAAAAGAUACUACAUUAAAAUGACCCACUUAUUAAAAUUCAGAAAUGCUUUGUAGUUAUAAUGGUAAUAAGCACAUUAACCUCUUUCUUGUAUAUCCCCCAAAAUAAACUUAGUUUUGUAAUUCUCAGUUUUAGAAACUGAUUGUUGCAUUAAGAUAAUAAUAAGGGAGCAAAAAUUCUUCCCAUGGCGUUUUCCUUUUUUUUUUUUUUUUUUUUUGCGUCACACCCAGCGAUGCUCAGGGGUUACUCCUGGCUCUGCACUCAGGAAUCACUCCUGGCAGUGCUUGGGGGACCAUAUGGGAUGCUGGGAUUCGAACCCAGGUCGGCUGCAUGCAAGGCAAACGCUCGACCCGCUGUGCUAUUGCUCCAGCCCCAGAGUUUUCCUUUUUAAAUUUUCCUAGACAGGGUUAUAGCUGUAGCUUUAGUAUCCAGUUUAUUAUGUAUUCUGGAUAACCACAAAAGUAAGUAAUGUUGCGUAUUAGCAAAUAAGUCUGAGCAAUGAGAGUUCUGAUACGAUCUUUAUAUUGGAUGAAGUGUUUCUUUGUAAAUAUUCCAUUUCAUUUUAGGCAAAAUUUAGGUUAAAGGAUGUUUUACAUCAGUCAUUGAUUGGGCUUCUUGAAGUGAGAGUUACUUGGUGGGGCGGGGAGGGGUGUGUGUGGGGAAUGACAUCUAACAGUAUUUAAGGCCCACGCCGGGCUCGUGUCUGGGAAGCCUGGAGGUGUUCGGGGGAGCAUGCAUGUCUCCUGCAUGCAAAGAAAGGUUGUGCUCCAGCUCUUUCCCGCUAUCUCCCCAGCCCCUGGAAAUAAAAGAUUUCACUUAGAAAUUUUUGAGUUCUACAUCUUGAAUAAGUAUAUUCUUUUUUUUUUUUGUGAACAAAAAUGCUUGUAAGCUAAAGAUGAUAGGCAAAAAUUGACUGAAUUCAGAAUCCUUCAGACAGUAGUCAUUCAGUUAAAGAACUUUUGUUUUCUGUAACCAUGAAACAGUUUAUUUAUAUUAAGUGAUAUUACAUAAUUUAAAAAAUCAAUAUUCCACUUAAGAAUUGUACUAAAAAAUUUGUGAUUAACACAAGCAGUAGUUAUAUUAUAAAUUAUCAUUAAAGUAUUAACUUCUUUUAACAGAAGAAAGCAUUAUUUACCUAUAAUAGUAAUAGUAGAGAAGUAUAAGCCUAGAGUAUAGCUUAAUAAUUGUCAACACUUUUUCCAAAUGUAAUUUUCAGUGAAUUUUUUUAAUGCUUAAUGGUAUUGUCCAAGAAUAGCAGCUAAUUUUAACUAUUCUUCAUUAGAGUUUUUUCAGGUCACUUCCACACAAGUUUAGUUAACAUGCAUACAAGAUGAACGUUUUACUCAAAAGGCUAUAUUAAUUAUGAAUGGAUAAUCCUGAAAACUUAUGUUUGGACAAUACUUUCAAAUGGGAUCAUAAAGUAAUUUAGACCGCACUGCUUAAACUUUUUCUACUUGCAACCCAUUUUGCUUGAAAAAAAUUACGUAAACCUAGAUAUAUAGAUUUAUAAACUGGCUAUACAAAUCAAACAUUUACUGUAAUAAAUAACAAAUUAGUUUUAAAACAAAUUUUUAAGUUUUUCUCAACCUUCACAUUCAGUUAUAUAAGUCCAGUGGGCUUUUGCACCCACAGUUUAAGAAGUUAGUUAAAAUAUGUUCAGUUUUCUAUGUGUUAGAUCAGGGCCUGUUCAAGUGUUUUCAUAUGUCUUGCUUUGGAAUUUCACUGUCUUUAUCUCCAGUUCACAAGGACAUCAGUAGUCAUUAAGAUGACUAUGUUAAUCUCUCUUUGAACUUUGUUCUCUACUUUCUGUGCUUCACGUGUGACUAUAUUACGUAGUCCAAGUUUAUUGACCUAGUUUGUUUAUUAAAGCUUGAUAUGACCUUCAGUAUACAUAGAUGCUUCUAGAACUUAUUCAGUAAAGUUUACACAAACAGAAUUAUUAAUAGUACAAGUAAUAAGACUUUUUUGUUCAUUCCAAUGAUAUCAUUGUUCUGUUAUUAUUAUUAUUAUUAUUAUUAAUUAUUUUAUUUGGGGAGGACCAUCCCUGGUGGUGCUCAGGGGCUACUCCUGGCUCUCUGCUCAGGGUCACUCCUAGCAGUGCUCAGGGGACCAUGUGGUGCUUGGGAACAAACCUGGGCCUCCCACAUGCAAAGCAUGCUUUGCACAUACUUAGCCGUUGAGCUGUCCAGCCCUGCUAGCAUUCCUUUUAAAAACUGAGUAUUGACAAGUGUUGUAGUGGGUUAGAUAUACUUAGUGUGUUUUAGUGUCCUAGUAUUAUUAACUACAUAUUUAACUUAUGAGAGAGUUCAGUUUUUAAAGCCCACAUAUAUUCCUUUCUGUUAUCGGAAUAGCCCUUUGAAAUUUCCUGUAAAUCACUGAUUUCAUUAUUCUCUUUUAGUCUUUCUUGAUUGACUUCUAGAGUGUUCUUCAGUAAAAUAUAGGAAAGUAAUAGAAUCAAUUUGCUUAAAGUAUUUUUGAACCAAUGUUGUUAUUCUACAUAUCACACAGUAUUAGCAUUUCUGUAUCUUUGAUGAUGGUUUAACUUCAGAAAGUAGUUAACUGUCUCAGACAUACUGUUUCAUUAUUUUUGUGCAAUUUUAGCAGAAUUUUUGCUGCAUAUUUCUUCUUCAGAUUUUGCAAAUCUGCCUGCCAGCGCUAAUUCAAAACAGAAAUAACAACAUUAUUUAAAAUCUGUAUGUUAUUGCUAUUGCCAGUGUUUCUCAUUAUUACUAUAAUUUUUGCAAUUGUUAUGUUCUUUUCCUCUUGCCCACCAUAGAGGUCAGGUUGAAAUGAGAAGCAUCCUCACUUAAAGAGAAUAAAGAUAAAGAGAAUAGGGAAUCUUACUAAGGUGAAGAGAAAGCUAAAUAGAGUACGAGUAAUCAACAUUUUAACAAAACAAGGUAGAUGGGAAGCUUUUCUGCUAUAUCAGAAAAGCUUCCUAAUGUUUAAGCCUUAUCUCUUGUUUGUACCAUUCUACUGUAAAGGUUGUUAAUGCAUGUAAGCAUUUGGUUUCAGUUGCUUUAUUCAAGGAAUUUGUGUUGCCAGUUUUUUUUUCAGCUGGUCCGAUGCCUUUGAGAAAUUAUUUUAAAAUUUAAAUAUUGUAGUUGUGGAGCAUUCUAAUUUGAAGUGCUAAGAAUAAUGUGAAGGGUGUAGCUAUUUAAUGCCAAGGAGAAAUGGAUAGGUUGCCCAAAGUUUGAAAACUCUGAGACAGUUUUCUAUAUCUCCUAGUGCAAAGAAAGGCUGUGUUUCAUAUUAUAAGUAAGUAUUGUCACUAAAGGAAAAAUCUAUUUGUAUAGAAGAGAUGAGUUAAUAUUACAUUUUGGACUAUUUUGGAGUACUGUUUCCUUGAAGAUUUCCAUGUGUUUUGGUGUCCUGAAUACCUGUAACCUGUAAUAUAAUGCUUACAGUUCAACUCUGAUCUUUUUGGUAUUGAUAGCUUUAUAUAUUAACAAAAAUAUGGACAGAAUAAGAACAAAAGGUAUGUUUCCUUUUGUGGCUUUUGCCUGCCAUUAAAGUACAGGGUUAAGCUGAGUGGGCUGUACACUAAAGGGAAAGCUUGUGUGCGUAAUGAGAAGCUCUGUGUUUUUACCAGUGUGCAUUGGGAGAUAUUUUAACCUUCUGGUGCCUGAAGUUAGUGUUUUACAACCUCAAAAACUAGAACAUCCUGGUGCUGUUCACUUUAGCAUUGAGUGACAUUUUAAAUUCUGGUACCAAAGAGUUACUUUUCUUUUUGGUUGGCUGAGAGUUUUUUCCUCGCAUACUUGAGUUUUUUAAAAGUAGAAUCUAAUGUUACUAAGACAAUUUUUCUUUUUUAUUAACAGGUCUUAGUUUUUGCACACUGCUGCCUCAGUUUAAUUGAUUUUUAAUUAUCUCUCAUUUAGACAUUUUUAUUUAAGCACAUUAGUAUGGUUUUUCAUCUUAUAUUUUAAGAUAAAUUGGCUACUUUAAAGAAUAGUUUAAUGGGUUGAAAUUAUGAAAGAUUAUUGAAGCACUUUUUAGAAGAAUUUUGUUUUGAUUGUUGUAAGAAUAACUAUCUUUAUUUUUAAAUGUGAUUUGUCUCAUUUAUUGAUCCCUAUUUAUGAAUACUAAAACGAAGUUCUAAAAGGAAAAGUUAAGGGCCUGUUCUGAUUGCAAAAGAAUUCUGCAUCCAUCUCUGUGUGUAUGUAUAUGUGUGUUUAACUCUCAGUGGCAUUAAAGAUUAUUACCAUUUGUCUAUUUUGCAAAUAAAGAUAAAAUAUAAGAACCCAAAAUGCACAUGUGCAUAUGUAAACUUUCCCAAGGUAAAAUACAAAAAUACACAUUGAUUUAAGCAAAACUGCUAAUAGAAAAUUGAACUUGGUUUUUUCUUUAAAAAAUUUUUUCCACUAAAAAAUAGAGUAAGAUUAUUUUACAAACAAUUCUGUAAGUGAUUCAUUUUUAUAAAAAGGAAGAGAAUAAGAAAAUACCCUUAGUAAAAACACUUGUAAUUAUCCAGAUACUGUAUUGAUAUCCAUACUAUUCUAGUUCCUUAUUUUUUUCUACAAACUUUCAAAACAUUCAUUUAUUAUUCCUAAUAUUAGCUGAAAUAGCUAAAAAUUCUGGCAAGAUGUGUAUAUUAUUGGAAAAGUAGACAAUUGUAUUUAGGAAUGAAUUGCAUCUUUUUAGUCAAUUAAAAUCAAUCUCUCCUUAAAUAUAGAUACAGUACAUAGUUUUGCUGUGUAUUCCAAUUGGAAAAAAAAAUCAAGCCUGAAAUUUCCAUGAAAUGUGACUCCUAUAUCAUUAGAAAGUUAUAUAGAAAUCCAGCUAUACAUGUCAUCAGUAGUAAAAGCAAAAUUUAUUUGAAAGCAAAAUGGGGCAAAGCAAGUUUAUGCCUCUAAUCUAUCAUCAAAAUAUUUCUUACGAGUUUGUUGCCACAUACUGAUUCUGAGUGUUUGACUUAUGUGUGUACUAAAUUAAGUUGUCUGAUUGUAAUUAUUUGCUCAAAUUAUUGGGUAGUAGAAAGCUUUCCACUAUUUCUUAUCCCCAAGCGAUGAAUAUUAAAAAUAAAUGUAUACUCUAUCUUAGGUUAAAAAAAUAAGUGAUACGAUAGAAAUAAUUUUUACCCAUUCAGAGUUAUUCAGACAGAUGUGUUAUAACUCUAGCAUGGGAGGGAACAGAAUAGACUUUUGGGAAGACUGUGAUGAUCAUACUGUAUUUGUGUUUGUAGCAUUAGUCUUUUAAAAACAUCUGAUAGGCAAGCUUAAUGAUUAGGCAAAAUCUGUUAUUUUGAGGCUCCUUAAUUUUUGUGUCAACUUCAAAUUAUGUCUAAUAUUAUACUUCCAAAGUAAAAAUAUUUUAAUAAUGGCAUGCUCUGAAUGCCAUACAAAGAUCAGACUUUUUUUUUUGCUUUCAGUACAUAUGUUUAAAUCUGUGUUGUUUUCCUACAUUGUCUUUUAUAUUGUCUUGUCUAUUCUUCUGAGAACAUGUAAAGCAAAUCCUUGCAAACAUUUCUAGUGUUUAACUUUAAACUAAACAGGAAAGUAGUUUAAAGAUGGAAGGUAGAAUGAGAAGAAGGAAAAUGACAACUGGGAACCAUACAUCUGAGAUAAACUUACUAAGAUACAAAGUCUACACUGGUUCUUAAAAUGGAAAAAAAAAGAAAAACAUUUUCAACCUUAAGAACAAUGUUGUUGUUUUUUUAAUUUAUUUUAUUGAUUUAGUUUUAUUCAUGUAAUAUUGCUAUUUUUAUUUGGAGAUUGUUUUUAAUUUAAAUUGUGAAAUUUUUACUUCCCCUGAAAUGUAUUAUGUACUGUAUUUUUAGAAAUUUUAUUUUUAAAUAAAUAUUUUUUAAAAACAG